CUUUUUAAGUUGAUAAAUUACCAAAAUAACGAAAGCAAAAGAAAGCAAAAGAGAAAGCAAAAGAAAGCUAAAAGGGUUUUCAACGUGCUUGCUUGUUCUCCACUCUACAUCUCUACAUAGUCUGAAGGACCUGCCUUUUGCUGCGGAAUAGGGUUGGCUUCCGGAUCAUAUAGAGAAUUUGUGUAGGGUUUUGUUAGAUCAGAAGAAUGGCGAGAUACGAUAGGGCAAUCACGGUUUUUUCACCUGACGGCCAUCUGUUUCAGGUGGAAUACGCGCUGGAGGCCGUCCGCAAGGGUAAUGCGUGUGUCGGGGUUCGCGGGACUGACAAUAUUGUUCUUUGUGUUGAGAGAAAAUCUACGGCCAAGCUUGAAGAUUCUAGAACAGUUAGGAAAAUUGUAAAUCUGGAUAACCACAUUGCAUUGGCUUGUGCGGGACUUAAAGCAGAUGCUCGUGUUCUGAUUAACAAAGCUCGAAUUGAGUGUCAGAGUCAUAGAUUGACUGUUGAGGAUCCUGUUACUGUGGAGUAUAUCACUCGUUAUAUUGCAGGUCUCCAACAAAAGUACACACAGAGUGGUGGAGUGAGGCCCUUUGGUUUGUCAACACUCAUUAUAGGCUUUGAUCCAUAUACAAGUUCCCCUUCUCUUUACCAAACAGAUCCAUCGGGAACAUUCUCUGCAUGGAAGGCAAAUGCAACAGGAAGGAAUUCAAAUUCUAUCAGAGACUUCUUAGAAAAGAAUUACAAGGAGUGUUCAGGGGAUGAAACUAUAAAGCUUGCAGCCAAAGCCUUACUUGAAGUUGUGGAGAGUAAAGGAAACAACAUAGAGAUUGCUGUGAUGACACAGGACAAGGGUUUGCGACAACUUGAGGAAUCAGAAGUUGAGGCAAUUGUAGCAGAAGUUGAAGCAGAGAAAGCAGCAGCUGAAGCUGCAAAAAAAUCCCACACUCCUAGAGAGUCAUAAAUCUGAUGUUACAAACUUGGAUCCAUGGAUAUAUCAAGAGUCUAGAUGCUGAUAAUUUUAUAUCAUUGAAUCAUUACCAUUUUGUAGCUGCGUUUUUCAUCAUGGAUUUUGCUUUUAUGAUUCAGGCAUUAAAUCUUUCUUUGUUCACUAGAGCAGCCUUAUGUGCCAUGUCUAGAUAUCCACUCGAGCCAAUGAACUUUUAUUUGAAAAGCUUUAUCAUGUCCUAUUUGUUUGAAUCACUUGAAUUGCAUGACAAUACAAAUGAUUAGCAAUAUACUGUGGAAUUCACUGGAAUAUUUAUUUCUGAGAAGACUUAAAUCUUUGUUAUGGUGUGGGAUGCCAUUGGCAAUUGACAGUCUAAUGAAUGAACUUUGGCAUGCAUUUUGAAAACA